AUGGACCUUCUAAGAUUAGAACCAUGUUCAUCUCAUAAUUUGAAUCUCUCAUUUUCUGACAAGAGACAGACAGAAAAUGAAGAGAAAAAACAUCUCCUUCUUGAUUUAAGUCUUCCUAGCAAAGAUCAUUCGGGUGAUCACGAGUCAUCGAAGCAAGAACUCAAUCUCAUAAACUGUUUUGAUACGGAUGCGUCGAAUUCGAUGAACUCGUCCACAGAAUCUAAUCAUGGUAAUGAAUUAGAGCCAAGGAUUUUCUCAUGCAACUACUGUCAAAGAAAGUUUUAUAGCUCACAGGCACUUGGUGGACACCAAAAUGCACACAAAAGAGAAAGAACUAUGGCGAAAAGAGGAUACAGAAGUUCAGUUUCGCUAGAUUUUGAACACAGGUACUCAAGUUUGGCUUCUCUACCUUUGCAUGGCUCAUAUAACAGAUCAUCAUCAUCAUCAUUACCACUUGGAAUUCAGGUGCAUUCUUCUAUGAUUCACAAACCUUCUUAUCAAGCACCGUUUUUCGGUUUGUCUCGUUCUCGUGUUCAAAACCAGUGGCAGAAGCUGCCUGUGUAUUCACAAGCAGUAAUUGGAAAUCUUGCAUCAGAAACUGAUGGAUCAUCCUUUUCUCAAAGAGAAGUUCAAGAUGGAUUUGGAGGAUACUGGUUUGGCAACAGUGCUACUGCUACUGAUACACGUUUGAAGACUAAACAAGAUGAGUUGCAGAAGCUUGAUUUGUCCCUCAAACUCUAA